AUGCUCCCCAGGCUACAUGUGCCAGUGUCAUCUGACUCGGACACUUGCUUCGACACCAUCCAAUCUUGGAUCAAGGAAUGUGUAAAGCAUCACAAGCUGUGCGACGCCACCUCCUCAGAAGGGCUGUUCCUACCGACACGGCUCGUCGACGUCACUCCAGAUGACUGUGACAAGGAGAUACGUCUUGUGAACACCAGGUAUAUCUCAAAGUCGUCAAAGUAUGCAGCACUGAGCCAUUCCUGGGGACGAAGGGAACAGCGCAUCAAACCAAUCCCAAAGACAACGACCAAGACGCUGAAAGCAAGGCUGCGCGGGGUGUCGUUCGGCGAGCUGACCAAGACAUUCCAGGACGCCGUCUCCGCCGUACGACGUCUAGGCUUACGAUAUGUCUGGAUAGACUCGCUGUGCAUCAUACAGGACGAUGACAACGACUUCGCCGAACAAGCCAGCCAGAUGGCCAAGAUAUAUGGACAGGCUCACCUUGUGAUAUCUGCACUGCGCGCCGCCACCGGGGAUGUCGGUAUUUUCCACCGUCGAUACAAGCCUGAGGCAAUCACGCAUUCGAGUCGACGAGGUCCUUCGUUAACCGCAUAUGUGAGGCCAGUCCUCAACCACGACGACUUCAUCACUGGCGAGCCACGUAGUUUCCAGUCAUCGCCUCUUUUCGCAAGAGCUUGGUGCUUCCAGGAGCGUCUGCUGGCUCGUAGAGUCGUCCAUUUCUCCGAGCACGAAAUCGUCUGGGAGUGCAACGAGGAGCUCGACUGCGAGUGCCGUGCCAUCCGGCCAGACUCGCUAGCUGAGAUGAAUGGAAACUUCAAACGUCGGCAGGCCGCCGCGCUUCGGAGCAAGCAUCAAGAGUCACUGCUCAAGGCAUGGUACGACGUCGUUCGAGCGUACAGCGCCCGUACCCUGACUAUGGAAACCGACCGCCUACCAGCCCUCUCUGGCUUUGCUCAGCUUGUCAACUCACCAGGAUUUGGCAAGUAUUCUGCAGGUCUAUGGGAGGGUCAAAUGCCCGCUGCACUCUUGUGGCGCCCGCUCCGUGCCUUGCCUGAAGCCCCUGAUGGCCUGAUCGAGCGUCCAGCAGAAUACCGAGCGCCGACUUGGGCGUGGCCCGCAGUGGUGGCCGUGACAAGAGGAUACAUGAGGUAUAUGACAGAUUCGGACAUUGUUGCGAGAGUCGUGAAGAUUAGAUGUACGCCCUCGACCAGUGACCCGUUCGGACAGGUAAAGAGCGGAUAUAUCGUGCUUGAGGCACCUGUUGUUGAUCUCAUCCUAUCUCUCACGAAAGAGAAAGAUUCAUGGCCUCACUUGUAUGAUUUGGAGAGAGGCGGAGAGAAACGUCGCUUUCAAGCCGAUGUCAGCCUUGGAAAAAGAUCUUCUGACCAUGUUCGCUAUGGAGCGCGCCUGCGCUGUGUCCUCAUUGAGCGUUCCCACACUCAAAAGCGAACCGCGUCAAUUGUUUUGCGGCAUGAUGAGUCCGACAAUGAGCACUGGUACAGAGUUGGUUGGUUCAAUUGUCCGCAGCAUUGGGCUAGUGAGGCUCAGCGCGAACAAUUCAAGAUUCUCUAA